GCCCGUGGAGACAGCGCGGACUUGGCAGCGGCGGCACUCGGCUGGACCUCGGCGCGGGCCUGCGGAGAUCCCAUCGAGGAAGGCGCGGACGAGGCAGGAACUGGCCGGGCUCUUGCCAUGGGGCACUGUCGCCUCUGCCACGGGAAGUUUUCCUCACGGAGUCUCCGCAGCAUCUCUGACAGGGCAUCUGGGGACAGCUCAGAGAAAACUUCCCCAGGAGAACGUGUCUUCAUCAGGGACUUCCAACACCUGCUGGGUGUGGCCGUGCACCAGGACCCAUCCUUGUCCCAGUUCAUCUGCAAGAGCUGCCAUGCCCAGUUCUACCAAUGCCACAGUCUCCUCAGGUCCUUCUUGCAGAGGGUCAACGUGUCCCCAUCAGGCCAGCGGAAGUCCUGUGCAAAGGUCGGUGCUCAGUCUCCCAUGGCAGCAGAGGAGGGAGUGUGUCUGGUGGAUCUGAUCACCUCGACUCCCCGGUGCCUGCAUGGCUUAGUGGGGUGGGUGCACGGACAUGCAGCCAGCUGUGGGGCCCUGCCCAGCCUUCAGAGAACACUGUCCUCCGAGUACUGCGGCAUCAUCCAGGCAGUGUGGGGCUGCGAUCAGGGCCACGACUACACAAUGGAUACCGAUUCCAGCUGCAGAGCCCUCUUGCUGGACAAUGCAUUGGCAGUCAAAUGGUCAUGGGACAAGGAGAUGGCACCACGUCUUACUCAAAACCGGCAGUCUGACGCUGUUGGGGCUGUCCCCCAGCUUUCCCAGGGCAGAGGAACCAUGGCUGGGGCUGAAACCAAGAUUCUUUCCAGUGUGGAUGCAGCCCCAUCUUCAGAAGGCAGCACUGUGGGGCCCAGGCCAGGCCCACCACCUCAGCCAAGCCUUCCCCCAAGUGAGGGCCCAGGGCAAUUGGGUGAGAAGCAGGUUCCAUCUUCAACUUCGGAUGAUCGGGUAAAAGACGAGUUCAGUGACCUUUCUGAGGGAGACUUCCUGAGUGAAGAUGAAAAUGAUAAGAAGAAAAAUGCACAGUCUUCGGACGAGUCCUUUGAGCCUUACCCAGAGAAGAAGCUCUCUGGGAAGAAGACUGAAAGCAGAGAAGCCAAGAAGGCUGAAGAACCAAAAAUACGGAAGAAACCUGGGCCCAAGCCUGGGUGGAAGCAAAAGCUCCGGUGUGAGAGGGAGGAGCUGCCCGCCAUCUACAAGUGUCCUUACCAGGGCUGCACGGCUGUGUACCGUGGGGCCGAUGGCAUGAAGAAGCACAUCAAGGAGCAUCAUGAGGAGGUCCGGGAGAGGCCCUGUCCCCACCCUGGCUGCAACAAAGUGUUCAUGAUCGACCGCUACCUGCAACGCCACGUGAAACUUAUCCACACAGAGGUGCGCAACUACAUCUGUGAUGAGUGUGGGCAGACCUUCAAGCAGCGGAAGCACCUUCUCGUCCAUCAGAUGCGCCACUCGGGUGCCAAGCCGCUGCAGUGUGAAGUCUGUGGCUUCCAGUGCAGGCAGCGGGCGUCCCUCAAGUACCACAUGACUAAGCACAAGGCCGAGACGGAGCUGGACUUUGCCUGUGACCAGUGCGGCCGGCGGUUCGAGAAAGCACACAAUCUCAAUGUGCAUAUGUCCAUGGUCCACCCUCUGACACAGACCCAAGACAAGGCCCUGCCCUUGGAGGCAGAGCCACCGCCCAGGCCCCCCAGCCCUCCUGGGACCACAGAAGGCCAGGCAGUGAAGCCAGAGCCCACCUAAGGAUCGCAGGUGGGGCUGCAGGCUGGCAGGCAGUGUGAACUCAGGUGGACGUGGGCGCUGCAGGUGUUUCACUGUUGUUUACUCUUCGGAGCUCAGGCUGCACUCUGGCGCAGGUAGGUGUGGCUGUGCUCCACGUCACCUUUCUGUCCUCUGCUUUGGGACCAGCUGUUUCUUUUCCUACAGUACUGGGCAACUUGGAGCCAGACACAGAUGAUGAGUAAUCGACCCCUUUCCCCAAUUAAAGCAAUCAAGGAGGGUUGUAAUCUA